AUGUCGAACAAAACCGAGAGCACAAGUACUGCCAAAUCCCACCAACAACUCGUGAACGAAUUGAAAGACGCUUUCAAUCUCUUCGAUCGAGAUGGAGAUGGCAAGAUUUCCAUGGAAGAAUUGGGUGAUGUAUUGAAAAAUUUAGGUCAAGUUCCUUCUCCAGAAGAUUUAGAAAUUAUGUUCAGAGAAGUCGAUCAAGACAAUAAUGGUACGAUCGAAUUUGAUGAAUUCAUGAAAAUGAUGGAACUUAAAAACACAACUGUGGACACUGAGGACGAAAUUCGUGAAGCUUUCCGAGUUUUUGAUAAGAAUAAUGAUGGUUAUAUUAGUCAUGAAGAAUUAAAGUCCAUGAUGUGCAAUUUAGGUGAAACACUUUCAGAUAAAGAGGUCAAUGAAAUGAUUAAGCAAGCUGAUAAAGAUGGAAAUGGAGUGAUCGAUUUCGAUGAAUUCAAAAAUGUCUUUAUGAAAGACAUUUCCAAUUAA